AGGAGCCCGGCUCCGCGGCCGGAGAAAGACCUGCGAGGCAUCCGCGCAGCCCAGGAUCACCCCAGCGCGUCGAGCAUGAGCGGGCGGCCGGCUGGAGAGCGACCAGGGGAGACUGGUUGUGCGCCGCGCUGAGCGGCGGGGCCGGGCCGGGGCGACGGGUGGGUAGCUGGUGCUGGGGCGGCCGGCUGGGCGAAGCGCCAUGGGGAGCCCCCGCGCCGCGUUGCUGAUGCUGCUCCUGCGCCCGAUCAAGCUGCUGAGGAGGCGCUUCCGGCUGCUGCUGCUGCUCGCCGUGGUAUCGGUGGGACUCUGGACCCUGUAUCUAGAGCUGGUGGCGUCGGCCCAGGCCGGCGGGAACCCCCUGAACCACCGGUAUGGCAGCUGGCGAGAACUGGCCAAGGCCCUAGCCAGCAGGAACAUCCCAGCCGUUGAUCCGAAUCUCCAAUUCUAUCGUCCCCAGCGGCUGAGCCUCAAGGACCAAGAAAUUGCCCGAAGUAGGAGUAAGAACAGUAGCUACUUAAAGUGGAACAAGCCUGUCCCUUGGCUCUCAGAGUUCCAGGGCCAUGCCAACCUGCAUGUGUUUGAAGACUGGUGUGGCAGCUCCAUCCAUCAGCUCAGGAGCAACCUGCAUUUCCCGCUCUACCCCCACAUCCGCACGACCCUGAGGAAGCUGGCUGUGUCCCCCAAGUGGACCAACUAUGGUCUCCGCAUAUUUGGCUAUCUGCACCCUUUUACCGAUGGGAAAAUCCAGUUUGCCAUUGCUGCUGAUGACAAUGCUGAAUUCUGGCUGAGUCGUGAUGACCAGGUCUCAGGCCUUCAGCUGCUGGCCAGUGUGGGCAAGACAGGAAAGGAAUGGACAGCCCCUGGAGAGUUUGGGAAAUUUCAGAGUCAAAUUUCCAAGCCAGUGAGUUUAUCAGCCUCCCACAGGUACUACUUUGAGGUCCUGCACAAGCAGAACGACGAGGGCACGGACCACGUGGAGGUUGCGUGGAGACGGAAUGACCCUGGAGCCAAGUUCACCAUCAUUGACUCCCCCUUCUUAUCUCUCUUUACAAAUGAGACCAUCCUAAGGAUGGAUGAGGUGGGCCACAUUCCUCAGACAGCAGCCAGCCACGUGGGCUCCUCCAACACUCCUCCCCGGGAUGAGCAGCCCCCAGCUGACAUGCUGCGGCCUGACCCUCGGGACACCCUCUAUCGAGUGCCUCUGAUCCCCAAGUCCCAUCUGCGCCAUGUCCUGCCUGAUUGUCCCUACAAACCCAGCUACCUGGUGGAUGGGCUCCCGCUCCAGCGCUACCAGGGUCUCCGCUUUGUUCAUCUGUCCUUUGUUUAUCCCAAUGACUAUACCCGCCUGAGCCACAUGGAGACCCAUAAUAAAUGCUUCUACCAAGAAAGCGCCUAUGACCCGGACAGGUCCAGCUUCCAGGAGUAUAUCAAGAUGGACAAGCCAGAGAAGCAGGGCCUGGAGCAGCCAGCAGGUUUGGAGGAUGGCCUUCUAGGAGAAUCCCAGUAUGAAGAUGCACCAGAGGAGAUCCCCACCUCUCAAGACCAGAAUACUGGGAUACAAGGGAGAAAGCAAAAGACCACUUCCAACCCGGGGCUGGGCGUCACUGACUACCACCUGCGGAAGCUCUUGGCUCAUUCCCAGAGUGGCCCAUUGGUACCUCUUUCCAAACAGAACUCUACAGCCGCCUUUCCAACCAGGACAAGCAACAUCCCAGUCCAGCGGCUGGAGAAAAGGACAGGAAAAACUAGCCCUGUGCCCAGCCAUGGUUUGUCUCAUUCUGACAAGAGGGCGCAGAGGAGCCUGCCUCUCAUCCAGAGAGCCAGGCCCACUGGGGACAGUCCUGGGAAGACCCUUGAGCAGUCCCAGUGGCUGAAUCAAGUGGAGUCCUUCAUUGCCGAGCAGAGGAGGGGAGACAGGAUAGAGCCUCCGGCCCCUAGCAGGGGCUGGCAUGCGGAAGAAGAUGUGGUGGUAGCAGCAGACCAGGAAGAAGUGGAGGAGGAGGAAGAGGGGGACGAUGAGGAAGAAGAUAUGAGUGAGGUCUUUGAAUAUGUGCCUGUGUUUGACCCAGUGGUGAACUGGGGCCAGACCUUCAGCGCUCAGAACCUCGACUUCCAAGCCCUGAGGACCGACUGGAUUGACCUGAACUGUAACACAUCUGGCAACCUGCUGCUUCCGGAGCAGGAGGCCCUGGAGGUCACACGGGUCUUCCUGAGAAAGCUCAGCCAGAGGACCCGGGGGAGAUACCAGCUGCAGCGCAUUGUGAAUGUGGAGAAGCGCCAGGACCGGCUGCGCGGGGGCCGCUACCUCCUGGAGCUUGAACUGCUGGAUGGCCAACGCCUGGUGCGGCUCUCAGAGUACGUGUCCACUCGAGGCUGGCGGGGCAGUGACUCCGUGGGCAAGGAAGACGCAGAAGCUCGGAACCUGCAGGGCCUGCUCUGGAGCCCACGCAGCGGUCACAGACAUGUCCUGAAUGCCCAGGAUCCAGAACCCAAGCUAUGCUGGCCCCAAGGCUUCUCCUGGAACCAUCGAGCUGUGGUCCACUUUAUUGUGCCUGUGAAGAACCAGGCUCGCUGGGUGCAGCAGUUCAUCAGAGAUAUGGAGAGCCUGUCCCAAGUCACUGGAGACUCGCAUUUCAGCAUCAUUAUCACGGACUAUAGCAGCGAGGACAUGGAUGUGGAGAUGGCUCUGAAGAGGUCCAGACUGCGGAGCUACCAGUACCUGAAGCUGAGUGGAAACUUUGAGCGCUCUGCUGGACUGCAGGCUGGCAUAGACCUAGUGAAGGAUCCACACAGCAUUGUCUUCCUCUGUGACCUGCACAUCCACUUCCCAGCAGGAAUCAUUGAUACCAUCCGGAAGCACUGCGUGGAGGGCAAGAUGGCCUUUGCCCCCAUGGUGAUGCGGCUGCACUGUGGGGCCACCCCACAGUGGCCUGAGGGCUACUGGGAAGUAAAUGGAUUUGGACUGCUCGGCAUCUACAAGUCAGACCUGGACAAGAUCGGGGGCAUGAACACCAAGGAGUUCAGAGACCGCUGGGGAGGGGAGGACUGGGAGCUGCUGGACAGAAUUCUCCAAGCAGGCCUGGAAGUGGAACGGCUCUCCCUCAGGAACUUCUUCCAUCACUUCCAUUCCAAGCGAGGCAUGUGGAACCGUCGCCAAAUGAAGAUGCCGUGACACCAGCUGCUUACAGCUCCUUGACUUGCAGUUGACCCCUGCUCGCUGCUAGCUGCUGCUGUGGAGGGAUUCUGAGGAACCAAGCCUCAGCACUAAUUGCCCACUCCAUCGGGAGCUGUCCCUUCAGGCAGGGACCAGCGAUCCAUCGAUCGCCAAGGCUCCUCUGCCGCUCAGAGAUGGAAGGGCUGCAGAGGCUGGGCAGUGAGGUCAGGAAGACAACACCUGCUUGAGUGGAGCACCAUCUCGUCCACUAGGGUGCACUUCCACAGCCCAGCACUCCUCACAGGGGGUGGUGACUGUGAACCAGAAACUUCAGUGGGACAGAUUUUAUUUGGGGUGGUGGGGGGAGGUGGGUAAUUUUUUUUUAACAGAGAAUGAAGACUUCUGUCUAGAUCCAGCACCGUCCCGGGUGAAGCUGUACACUGCAGACCUCAGACCCACUCUGAGGUGCUGGUCUCAUCCAGAGUUCUUCCAGCUCCAGGCCCCAGCCUGUGCCUUCCAAGGCCACGACUCUCUCCUGGUGGCUACUAACAGCUGGCCUUAAACCAGUCAGGCCAUCAACCCAAGUCGGACAGACAGACAGAGGGUUCUCCAGACUAGAAACCCAACACUGGUGGCAUUUUCCUACUACAGUGAGGUGUCGGGUGGCAAUGGGUGGCCAGUGGGCCCAUUCUCCGGCGUGUCUCACAUAUGGGCUAUGUAGAACCGGCAAGGUCAAGCAAGAAGAGAAAUGCCCUUUCUCCUUUGGCCGUCCUGCCAGGUAAGACCUGGAGAGAAUAAGAAGGCAUCACCAAAGGUGACAUGAAUAGCCUGUCAACUACUUAAGAGAGACUUAGGGAUGAGCUCAAGCAGCAGAGAGUGUCAAAAGGGAAGAAAAUGUAUAUAUUGCAAGCCUAGUGCCCUCGUGGCUUUGCCCUCCUGCAGACAGAGCCCAACCUCUCGUUCCUGAGGAGAUAAGGAGGUGAAACCCGGCCCUCAGAUAAAGGGCAGGGUGAGGUGUGGGGAGGCAAGAACCGGAGCGGGGUUAGAACUGGAAAAUGGCUAAGUUUCGUGGAGAGCAGCUCAAAACCCCUUCUGUCCACCUGAUGUCACAAACUUACCUGGGCUGAUGACCCCGGUGCUCCCUGGCUGGGGACUUUUCACUGCUGCUGUUGCUGCUUCACCAGUGGUGCAUUGGAUGCUGGGUAUUAAACUCAGUCUGUGAAGGGGAGGUGAGGGGGUCAGAGCACCAUCUUUCUGCUGUGAGAAAUGGCUUGUGGGUAUGCAGCAGGGCCACUCUGCAGAGCCUGACCACUAUGUUGUGAAUCCAGAGUGCAGCAUUUGGAGCUGCAGGACCCACGUGAUGGGCUCUGAAUGCCAGGAGCAGAGCUUGGCACAUCCAGGGUGGGGCCCUCUGGGAACCCACUGGGUCUUUCUUUGAAGCAGUCAGAAGGGCAGGGUGGUUCUGUUUAUGGGUGGCGGCUGUUUCUCCCCCCACCCCUGCUCAGCCCUCCGCCCUUUAGAAAAGGCACAUAGGAAGCAGGCUCGGGCUGCAGUAGAACGGCUGGGGCUCCAAGCUUCUCUCUAAAGCCAUAAACUUUUGGCACUGUGCUAGAAGGCCAGAGCUGGUGGCGGCAGCCCUCCUGCUCUGUCCUGAGGACUAGGAUCCCCCUGGGCCUCUCCCACCCUACUCACCUCCUCCCUCCCAGGUCUAGUGCCUUGUGUCUGACGUCUGUUACCUCCUUACCAUCUGCCUUAAGAGAAAGGAAAGUGCCGUGGGUGGGGAGAGGGAGGGGGGUAUUAAAGUCAGCGUCUUAGGAAACAAAUAGCUGUCUCUUUCUUGCCCACUUGAGGUAGGAAAGGGUUGAGUGGAAGAGCCAGGGGUGUCCCUAAGCCAUUCCUGUCCCUCAGCUGUCUGCUCAAUGACAGGCUAAGGACCAUCCAUCCAUCCCUUCCCUUCUGCCUUGACUCCUGGCUCAGUGCUUGCAGGCGGAAGGGACAAGUUUUCUGUGCUGCUCUUGGGAAGGACACAGUAGUGUCCUGUGUCUACUAGUCUCAGCAGACCAGGUUGUGAUCUCGACUAGAAAGCCCCUGCCCAAGUGAGGAAGACAAGCUAGAACCGUAUAGCUGCAACCCCAGCAUUUGGGAAGCUAACAUGGGAAGAUCAGGAGAACAAGGCCAGCCGAGGCUACUUAGCAAGAAACUGUCAAAAGUAAAUAGAUAAACAUAAGGAAAUCUUUUCUGUGUCAAUUAAAGAUGCCCUACUAAGGCUCUGCAAGUGUGA